AUGGAAACACCUAGAAAAAUUGCGCAAAAUGUAAAAAGCAAAACUCGAAAAAUGGAUUCAAAUGAAAUUAUGCAAAGACGUCAGAAGAGACUGGCUAGUGCAGAAUCAUCUAAUAAUUUGCCCAAAAUUAACUUGAAUCUUUCAAAAGAGGAAAUGUUAACUAGACUUAAAAAUUUGAUUGGACUAACGUGUACCACAAAUACUGAGAAAUUCCACCUUUUACGCAGAAGAGAUGAAUUUCUUUCAAAGUUGGUCAAUUUGGAUUCCAAGCCAGGAAAUAAUAAAUUUAUCAAGGGAACAUGUCAGGAUAUGUGUCCAGAAAAAGAACGUUAUAUGCGAGACGUAAAGAAAAGUCUACAUUUUUAUGAAUGUGAUGCUGAAGGACGUAUAGUUCACGAAAAAAUGGUUAAGGAUUAUAGUCGAUCGGCAGCUGAUCAGGAUAUGCCUUUACCACACGAACUUAGACCUCUAGAAGUUCUUCAAACAACAAUGGAUUAUUUGAUUUUUAACAUUUCAAGUGAAAUUCCGACAACAAAAAAUGAAUUAAUACGUUGGUGUGACUUUUUAUGGUCAAGAACUAGAGCUAUUCGAAAAGAUAUAACUCAACAAAUGCUGCAAAGUGAAAUGGCUGUUGAUUUGGUCGAAAAAUGUGCCCGUUUACAUAUCUUUUCUGCUUUCAAAUUGAUUUCUUUGGGUACAGAACAUGUAAACCAAGAAAUAAAUUCUGAAAUGUCUUCUUUAAACGCCGCUAGUGAUCAUCCCGCUAUGGCAAUAGCAGCAUAUAACACAUGUAGCCAUACAUUACGACAGAUGUAUGAUGAUUUGGCCAAAAUGCAAAGAUCUUGUCUUAAUGAACCAGAAUUUCGUUCUUAUGAUAUUAUUUUAAAUUUGACUGAUUUUAAUGUUUACAGUCAAGUACUUUCUUAUAGAAAAUCUGUUAGGGAAUCCAAAGAGGUCCAAUUAGCUUUGAAUUUGGCGAGUGCCCUUCAAAACAACAAUUAUAUUUUAUUUUUUCGUCUUGUUAAAAAUCAUGCCACAUUUCUUCAGGUUUGGAUUUGUAUAGCACCUCUUGAUCCUGGUAAAAUAAGCUUAACAUCUAGUGUCUUAAAAUUUGAACGAAUUCGGAUUUUUGCCUUUACCGAAAAUUGA